AUGGUCAAAAGAACUUUAGAAUCAGCGGCAGGAACAUCUAAUGACAUAGAUGAAAUCAUUGUAAUUGAAGAUGAGUCCGAAAAGGAUGGGUCCGAAAAGGAUGAAUGCGGAAAGGAUGAAAGCAAAAAGAAUUCAUCCAAAAUCAUUAUCAUUGAAGAUGAAUCUGAGAAGGAUGAAUGCGAAAAGCAAACCAAGAAGACUUGCGGUAAGACACCUCAAAAGGAUGUCAUCGCAUUGUGUCCGUUGUCUAAGCCAAACACUCCUUGUACUCAUUGCAAGAUAACGGAAACUGUUUUGCACAAAACACUCCAUUGCCACUGUGGAAGCAAGAUUGUGUUAAUCAAGGGGCGUGUGCAAUCUGCGCUAGAGCACUGGGAAAACAAAAAAUGUACGAAUAGAACAAAUACGAUCCGUUCCAAUGCUAGCCUCUCAUCUUGGGUGACUACAACCACGAUUAAAAAAAACGCUGUACAAAAGCCUUGUGCUGGUCUGAAUGAUCAAACCUGGAAACGACCCACCGCCAAAUUUUGUAUUGAGAACUGUAUCAAGCACUCACCUACGCCUUACCACGGGGUGAAGCAAUGGAAAGUCUGUUUUCGCCUUUUUAAAACUACUCACGAAAUCUUGCUGUCGGACGAGCAGCGCAAACAACUCCACGCCACUCUAGAAUCCGAGGCAACGUGGUUGAUCAAGCGGCAUGGAAAUCAGGAAUCAAUACACUCACCUAAAUGUACUCGAACAGUCAUGACCACCAAAAGUAUUUCACUUCCUGUCUGUAACGAAUGUGAGGAAUUGAAGCAUCUUCAAAGCCUCAUCUCAGCUCUUAAUGUGUCAUACACAACUGAAGAGAAGAUCAAGUACAUUGCAAAGAUCUUUAUGACAGGUGACCAAUUUCAAGCAGUUUUAAUCAAACAUGCCGAGCUUCAAGUCCUUCAGAAGUCGCUUGAAAAAACAUCUAAAAAAGGUGAUGAAGAAUUCUGGAAUGCUAUUGGCUAUGAAUUUGCUUUUGCCGAUGAACCGGAUUCUGAACACAUCGAUAGACUCCGUUACUUUCCCACUGACCAGGAGAUCACGUACGACUUGACUGUGGCUAAGAAGAGAGCCAUAAGUUUGGCCACUUUUGUUGGAAUGCAUGAUGCUUCCAUUGUUGAUACUCCUGUUACGUUAUCUGAAAACCAAGUCGCAGAAGACAUCUCAACUUGCAUGGCUGGAAGCUAUGAUGUUGUGUAUAAUCUCGGUCCGAAAGAUUCUUUUGAAGAGGCUGUGGCCGCCGCCGCAGAGGCUACAGAUGAACAGCAGCGAACCGAUGAUCUUCUCUCUACUAUACCAGAAGAUAUCGAUCAACAGAUAUUCAACAACGCCGCUAUGUCUUUGUCAACACUCGUUGGUCCCAAUGAUUCAAGCUUGUCUGCAGCACGCAGUGAAGCUGCACUGGCUGACUUGGCCGGAGCUGACCACAAUAUCAAUACAUUAGUAUUGAACAAUCAAGAUGGCAUGAUACUAGAAGAAACUAAGUUACUUCAGCUACGAGUUGCCCACGACAGUCAGGUUCAAAAGCAUCAGGGAAACGAACGGGAAAAGAUUGAUAUCAACGACUUACGCAAGUCACCAGGAGAAGCUUUGAAGCCCAGCGAGUGUAGCAAGCUCGUCGCCGUUGUAAUGAGGAAUGCUGAAGCUGCACCCACCGGCGAAGGUUCUUAUUCUGUCCCUCUUGUUCUACGUCGCUUUAUCAUUUCUAUUGAUAACCCAAAGUUUAUUGGAGCAUUUGAAGCCCAGUUGAAAACUUCGAAAAGCGCCCAGACAGAAGACUUAGAAGAGCAAUAUUAUACAGAAGAACCAACUAGCUAUGACAUCAGAAGUCGUCAAUAGACAAAGUCAAUCAUCAUGAAACUUAAAGACAAAAUGAAUCAUUAUAACUACUAAAACUUUUGAUUAGAUAGGAACAAGAAAUGAAUAUUUCAAGGUAUUAGAUCAAUUCAAAUGUGAUCUUCAUAAAUUUCUCCAAAUCAAAAUCAAACAAUCUAAUGAAAUCGAAAAAAAAUUAACAAAAACUGAAUUAACUCAAACCAUUCAAUUUAUGGUCAAUCAUCAAAGAGAUUAUAGUAGGAUUAAGAUAUUUGAUCGGACAAACUUCAAUCAUACCACCCACUCUAAACCUUUUAAAAACAUUAUUAAACAAAUCAACAUUCAAACCAAGUAAUGAGAUCAUUGAAGCCAUAGAACAACCAAUGAGCGUGAUCGGGAAUUUAGUUCAUAGUCAUGGUCUCAUUGAAUCGAAAUCGUUAUCACAUCAAUCUGCCACAACUUUCAACGAUUUGAUUCAUUUAUCUUAUUUUACUACUUUAAGUUUAGUUGAUUCAAUUCAACCUAAUAUCAUCGUCUUCAAAACAUUAUUACUGUCCUUUGCAAUUCAAGUUUCAAAUAUGCUCUAUGCCAUUCACAAGGAGAAUGGAGAAUCUUACAAUCAAGGUAUCCAGCCCGUCUUUGAUGCAUUGGAAGCCCGCCAUUUCGAUUCAGCCUGGAACUGGCUGAGCUCACGUAUCUCUGAUUUGCAGGGCCGUCUGCAAACUGUUGAUUGGGACAUCACUGCCAAAGUGAGAUUUCAAUCUGUUGUGAUGUCAAUCUUUAGCUGA